AUGGAGACUAUAAACUCAAUGGCAAGCACCGCGGCAAAGGCCAUCUGGGGAGACAACAACAACAACAACAACACCACUACCACCAAUAACGAGAACAACGAGACAGCAAAGACCGGUACAGAAAACAUGAACAACGAAACCAAGGGAACAGAGCCCGUCUCAGGAAAGCUGGGCAACACCUCUGCCGGUGAGCCUUUUGAUGCUGGCAACAUUGACUCUGGAGCCACCGGAGCCACGGCCUCUACGGCCCCCAGCACCACGCAGACUGGCAGCGAAAGCACCACGUCCGGACUGCCUACAACCAGCUCUACGGAUGCUACCACAGCUGGAAGUAAGGAUUCCACAGAUGUCGCAGCCAAGGGCCCUACGGCAGACUACCCUUCCACCACCGGCGACACCGGCUUCAAGGCGCCGCAAGCAGACAUCAGAGACCCAGACUCGGCCACUGCGGAUCCCAAGAAGGAGGCGGAGCGCAAGAAUGUCGACAACACUGGCGGUCUCGACACCUCCGAGAACCCCACCAAGCUCGAGGGGGCCGGCCCCAAGCCGAUCGAGGAGGUGGCCAAGUCACACGGCGGUGAUGCCGGGUCCGUGGGCAAGGACUCCACGGCGGCAGGCGGCGCUGAAGAGGACGGCCCGGGCGCCAAGAGCAAAGGCGAGGGCACUGGAGAGCAGUACGUCAAGAGCUCAGGCCUGGCCGCCGACGGAGGUGACUUUGAUGCUACCAAGCCUGGCGCGGGCCGCGAGGCAGACCGACUCCUGGAGGAGAAGGGCAUCACCACCCAGUCCGCGGCCGCUGCAGCUUCCAGCAAAAAGACCGAGGAGGACAAGGCUGACAAGACGGCCCCUGACUCCCCGGACUCCAAGAAGGAGAAGGCCAGCCUGAAGGAUAAGAUCAAGGCCAAGCUCCACAAGAGCUAG